GGGCUUAGAGAAUCUGAUGUCGAGUGGUGUGCGUAUUUUCGGAUGAUAGCAUAGUUUACAAUUUUGGAUAAACGUAAAUAGUAGUAAUUUUAAUAUUCAACAAAUAGUGGCUAAUAGUAAAAAAAAUCGGUCUAGUAAAGUGAAACGAUGGUACUUGAUUUAUUUGGAGCACUGAAAGGUGCAUUAAAAUUUGCUACCUAUUCCAUUGACGAUAGUGUAUGUAGAUUACACUACAAAGCGACGGUGUUAAUCCUAACUGCGUUCAGUCUCUUGGUAACGAGUACCCAGUACUUUGGUGAUCCAAUUGAUUGUAUGUCCACAGAUAACAUUCCUCAAAAUCUUCUCGAUACGUUCUGUUGGAUCCACACUACCUUCACCCUCCCUUCUGCGAUGAAUCUUAAAGUUGGAGUUGAAGUUGCAGCCCCUGGAGUCAAAAAGACAGAACUCGGAGAUAAAAAGACUUACCACUCGUACUACCAAUGGGUGUGUUUUGUUCUCUUUCUUCAGGCAGGGAUGUUUUAUUUGCCGAGAUACUUGUGGAAGAUAUGGGAAGGUUCUUUGGUAAAGAAGUUGGUGUCCACUCUUAACUCACCCGUUUUAAGUUUCGAAGCCAAAUCGGAGGCCGUGUCUUUGGUGGUUGAAUAUCUCAAGACUCAUUUGAAUAACCAUGGUAGGUACAUGGGUUACUUCGUUAUCACCGAAAUAAUGUACUUUGUUAAUGUGAUCGGUCAGAUGUAUUUAAUUGAUAAGUUUCUUGGCGGCGAGUUCACAACUUAUGGGACAGACGUAAUCCAAUUUGCUAAGACCGAACAGAGAGAUCGAGUAGAUCCAAUGGUCAGGAUUUUCCCAAGAAUGACCAAGUGCACGUUUAACCAGUUUGGUUCUUCUGGUGAUGUGAAGGAGCACGAUGUUCUUUGCAUGUUGCCUUUGAAUAUCAUUAACGAGAAAAUUUAUAUCUUUUUAUGGUUCUGGUUGGUUAUGUUGUGUGUUGUAAGUGGCGUCAAGAUGGUUUAUCGAUUGGUUACCCUCGUCUGGCAAAACGGACGAUAUCUUCUCUUGAAGACUAGAGCGAGUAUAGCAAGUGAAACGGAUAUCGAGACAGUGUGUAAUUAUUGUUACGCGGGUGACUGGUUCCUCAUCUAUCUUCUGUGUAAAAAUAUGGACGCCGUCCACUUCAAGGAGGUAAUGGCGAACUUUGCGAGGGAGCUGGAAGACAGCAAGGAAUUCUCGAGGAAUAACGUGGACAAAGGAAAGGAAUACGCAGUAUGAAUGGGAUUAAUUUGAUAAAACUUCUGGUUCGUUCUUAAAAAAAACAAAACAAAAAAAAAACAUUCUGUUCAACGAACUUUAACGAACUGUUAUACAUUCCGGUGUCACUUUUUUGUACUUAUUGCUAGCGUUACAAUACAUUAGCGAUACAUAAAAGGUAUCUUGGCACCAACUUGGGGGGGUGGUGUAUCUGUUAAUUCAAAAAAGGUUGAAUUGGUGAAACACUAAAAAACAAACAAUUAUUGUAAGUCUUAGCUUUAUGUAUUUUUGUUAACGAACUAGGGGAGAUAUUUGAGUGCAUCGCACGAUGCCAAAAAAAAACUUGAUUUGAAAGAACGUCAGACUUAAGUUUAUACGUUCUUUUUAAACCUUACCGUUGAGUUUGGACUUGGACUCUAUUGUAUAACAAUAAUUAAAGAUACGAGAAGAAUACUUAAUCAACUCCUUUGAUUAAUAAACUAAUUUAAACAAUGACUAUUUAGGUAAUAAAAUUUACUGUUGUUUUUGAUUAUUAGAUUAGGCUUAAAUUAAGCUCGGAUAUGUAAUGAUUUUUGUUUGGUUUUUUUUUUACAAGGCAUGACGUCAAAACCGCUAGGGAAGUCGUGCGAUUUACAUGUUUGUAAAGUUUUUUUUGUUGUUGUUGGUAAAUGUUUUAUAUUUAUUAAUACCUUAAGUUUCAGCAAGAUUUUUUUUUUUAAAGUAUCGUUAACUUUAUCAAAUAUUUUUGCUAAUCAUUGAUUUUGAACGGUGAUGAUUAUAUAACUAAACUUAGUUGAUCUUGAUCAGAUUUCGCCUUCCAUAUUUUGAUCCAAACUUGGGUCCACGAAUCAUGCUCGAAAUUCAUAAGAUAUUAAGUUAUAGAUCGCCUAAUUAAAUCUAUAUCGAUUAAAAUGUUUAAUGUUGGAAUAAUUAUUUUAAUGUAUACGGAAUCAGUAUUUCAAAAUAAAAUGGUAGUAUCGAUAGACUUGGGGGGUCCGCGAAAAAAAAAUCAAUUUAAAGAGGUCCUUGGGGGUUACUAAAACUUUAGAACCGCCGUUCUGAUGUGUAGUUUGUAUGUAAUUGCGCGAAAAGGCGAAGUCGAAACUAUUUUGUACGUAGCGUUUAAAACGUUGCGCUUAUUCUUAGUUUUUAGAAAGCAACUCAGUUUUAUCUUUUCUUAAAAAAAAUGAAUAAACGAAUUAACGAG